UUUGUUCCGCUCUCACAAACCACGCCACUUUCCUACGCUGUUCAUCAUAGCGACCAAGAAACGCCCGAGAAGAGAUCCAGAGAUGAACACCUCCGUGGUAGCCAUACUUCUUACACUGUUAGUUGCAGCUUUCCUCUCGCCGUCUGUUGAGGGCCGUGUGGUGCCUGGCCUGGGCGGACAGUUCGAGAGGUGUCCGCGGUACUGUAUACAAGUGUACGACCCCGUGUGCGGCAGCGACGGUAACCAAUACAGCAACAGCUGCUUUCUGGGGAUCGCCCAGUGUAGGAACCCCUCCUUGCGUCGAGCGCCCGACCACGUGUGCGGACUGGACGGCGAACUGAUGUAAACAGGAAGAACGUAAUCUCCAAGCAGAUGUUGGAUGGCAGUAAUCGGGUGUCAUCUCGCUACCACCGACCUUCUGUAUAUGCUGACUGUGCUUCCCUCGCCAAUCAAGACGUUUUCUUUGCACACUUGAACUUUCAAUUUUGUAUCAAAAUAUAUCUUUAUCACUCUUAUUUGUACAGACACAAACGCCGAUACUAACAGAUCCCUCAGUCUCGUCUGUUAUCUGUGACUAUCAUACAUUACUUAUGUAACGAAUUUUAAUUACAACGUCUUUAAUAAAAAAUCUG